CAUUUAUAUAUAUGAAUAGAAAGUAGAGCAAAAGUCUCCUAGUAAACAAAUACAUACACAUAAUGGAAAAGUUAUAACUUUAUAGCAAAGCUUUAAGCUUGAACUAUAAGAUAAAAUGAAGAGCAUCAGCAUUUCCCCCCGCCCCAUCAUUCCUCUUUUACUUCCACAGCUUGAACAUCGCUAUAAAAUAUCCCGCCUCAACCAUCGCUUGCCUCUUCUUCACCUUGACAGUGCCGGCGGGUCACUCUUGUUGAUGGCCUCUCUCAACAACCACAACCACAACCACAACCACCAUUUCCGCCACGCUGAUUCCACUGCUUCUCUGCCUUCCUCUGCCGUAGCCAAGAUCUCUCAUUUGAAGGCCGUUGUUUUGGGUGACGCUCCUGCUUCUGAAGAGGACGACGUCGUUCUCCCUAGCCAUGAAUUUUCUCGUCAGGCUCUUGUUCCUUCUCAGCAAAAGUACCUGGAAAUGUAUAAAGCAUCGAUAGAAAAUCCGGCUGGGUUUUGGUCAGGCAUUGCAUCAUCGGAGUUUUACUGGAAACAAGGAUGGGGAGAUCAGGUUUACUCUGAGAAUCUCGAUGUGAGGAGGGGGAAUAUCAAGAUCGAGUGGUUCAAAGGCGGCAUUACCAAUGUGUGUUACAAUUGCUUAGAUAGAAACAUUGAUGCUGGACUUGCAGACAAAAUUGCUCUUUAUUGGGAAUCCAAUGAACCUGGCUUUGAUGCUACUUUAACUUAUUCCCAACUACUCCAACGAGUUUGCCAGCUUGCUAACUACUUGAAAAGUGUUGGUGUUAGAAAGGGCGAUGCUGUUGUUGUUUAUUUGCCUAUGUUAAUGGAACUCCCUAUUACUAUGCUUGCAUGCACGCGCAUUGGUGCAGUUCACUCGGUUGUCUUUGCUGGGUUCUCUUCAGAAUCUCUUGCCCAACGAAUUGUGGACUGCAAACCCAAAGUUGUUAUUACUUGUAAUGCUGUUAAAAGAGGUCCUAAGACCAUCUUCCUCAAGGACAUUGUUGAUGCUGCCCUUAUUGACUCUGCCAACAAGGGGAUCUCUGUAGAUGUGUGCUUAACCUAUGAAAACCAAUUGGCACUGAAGAGGGAAAAGACUAAAUGGAAGGAAGGAAGAGAUAUAUGGUGGGAGGAUGUUGUCCCAAAAUAUCCAACUUCUUGUGACGUUGAAUGGGUGGAUGCAGAAGAUCCCCUUUUUCUGCUGUAUACUAGUGGGAGUACCGGGAAGCCAAAGGGUGUACUUCAUACAACUGGAGGAUAUAUGGUGUACACAGCUACAACAUUCAAAUAUGCAUUUGACUACAAAGAUUCUGAUGUUUACUGGUGCACAGCUGACUGUGGUUGGAUUACAGGGCACAGUUAUGUUACUUAUGGACCCAUGCUUAAUGGAGCUACAAUUCUUCUGUAUGAGGGGGCCCCAAAUUACCCUGAUCCUGGACGAUGUUGGGACAUUGUUGACAAAUACAAGGUGACCAUUUUCUACACUGCCCCUACCUUGGUGCGCUCUCUCAUGCGUGAUGGUGAUGAGUAUGUUACACGCUACUCAAGGAAGUCCCUUCGUGUCCUUGGAAGUGUUGGCGAGCCUAUUAAUCCAAGUGCUUGGAGGUGGUUUUUUAAUGUAGUUGGAGGGUCAAGGUGCCCAAUUUCUGACACUUGGUGGCAAACAGAAACAGGUGGCUUUAUGAUUACUCCUCUACCAGGGGCCUGGCCACAGAAGCCUGGUUCUGCAACCUUUCCUUUCUUUGGAGUUCAGCCUGUCAUAGUGGAUGAGAAAGGAGUUGAGCUUGAUGGUGAGUGCAGUGGUUACCUGUGUGUGAAAAGCUCAUGGCCUGGGGCAUUUCGAACUCUGUAUGGUGACCAUGAGAGAUAUGAGACAACAUACUUUAAGCCAUUCCCUGGAUAUUAUUUUACUGGUGAUGGAUGCAGCAGGGACAAGGAUGGGUACCACUGGCUUACUGGAAGAGUUGAUGAUGUUAUCAAUGUCAGCGGGCAUCGUAUUGGCACAGCUGAGGUGGAAUCUGCUCUAGUUUCUCAUCCUCAGUGUGCAGAAGCUGCUGUGGUUGGUGUUGAGCACCAGGUUAAAGGGCAGGGCAUAUAUGCCUUUGUAACUCCAGUGGAAGGCAUUUCUUACAGUGAAGAACUCAGAAAGAGCCUUAUACUCACCGUGCGAACUCAGAUAGGAGCAUUCGCGGCACCUGACAAAAUACAUUGGGCACCUGCCCUUCCAAAAACAAGGAGUGGGAAGAUAAUGCGGAGGAUUCUGAGGAAAAUCGCGGCCAGACAGUUGGAUGAACUCGGAGACACAAGCACACUAGCCGAUCCAGGCGUAGUAGACCAGCUUAUUAAACUUGCUGAUACCUGAAACUGAAACAGAAAAACACACUAAAGUACCUGGUCAAAGAACCAACUUGUUGCUGGAUAUCAUUCCCAUUUCGACAGUGAGUUCAGUAUCUUUCUGGCUCUUUCUUUUUUAUCUUGAUGGCUUAUAUAGCUUCAUCUAGUUUGAUUUUUAAGUACUUAAUUUGUCUCUUUUUUUUUUACUCAUCUUUGGAGGUUGCUUCAUCCAUAUUGAUAUUUUUAUUUUCUAACCCCCCCCUCCGGGCCCCGGCCAACCAAAUCUUUGUAUGUAUGUAAACUAAUGUACAUUUGUACUCUUUCAAAAAUAAUAUGGUGAUAUGAUAAUAAUAAAUUAAUAAA